CUUCAAUUUUGGCCAACUAAUCCUACUUCUACUCGAGCAAUGCAUUAUAAUGGUGUACGUAAUAAGAAAAGUUUAGUUAGUACAAAUACAACAUUAACAGCAAGUGAUUAUGACUUUACAAAAUUGUCCCUUACUCCUUCAGUUAUUUUUUUUAUUGAUGUUCCAACAACUAUUGAGGAUUCUUUUUAUCAUGGAAAUGUCUUUGUUUCAUAUAAAGAUACUGUUUUUCAACCCAGCAAUGCAAUUAGACAUGCAACUGAAUUUUUCAAUGCAAUUAAUGCAAUUCAAACACAUUAUAUUUCAACUAUCCCACCCUCUUAUUUGUUUAUUUCUUUGUGCUAAUACUGAUUGUUAUGAAGGAUUUAAAACUGUAUAUAAUACUGAAAUAUCUGAGAAAUAUCAUCCUAUUUUAAUGGCAGCUAUGGAAAAUGCAGAAAGAGCACCACCAGCUAUCUUAACAAAUACCAAAGUUCAUGAUAUUAUCCAAUGCUUUCAAUGUGGAAAAUUCUGAUGUCUUUAUAGUGAAAAAGCAUUAAUAACCAUGCAAAAAUCUGAAUUUUAACGCAUUAUUAAUGAUUGGAAUUAUAUUUUAUUUGUACGUGAAAAAGUCACAUGUGAAUCACCAAUAGAACUAGCUUAUUAUUCAUCACGAAAAAAUUAUAUUUCCGUAUGUUAUUGGUGUAGGGUUAAUAGAUAUUCCAACACAUGUAUCAUCAAAAUACAAAUUUGUAUUUCCUUUAUGUAAUAUAUGUCAAAUUGCGGGUAAAGAAUUUUUUGGAAGAAUUGAAAUUAAAACUAAUACUCGAAAAAGAAAAAGAAAUGAUUUAUAAGUUUUAUGGUUGUAGUUAUUGAAAACAUAAAGAAAACUACAUCUGAUCUAAAUAGUAAUAAAUUUUUUUACACAUGAUAAUAAAAAACAACUUUAUAUUGU